AUGAUCGACCUACCCCCUGGAAUGUCUGUCUCAGACGUCCUCAAGGCCCUCCAAGACCACCCUGGUGUGGAGCACGCGGAGGUCGACAAGGUGCUCACAGCAUACAGCCAGCCCAAUGACCCUGACCUGCCGCAGCAGUGGGCUAUGUACAAGCUGGGCCUCUUCACCGACACGCUCCCCAUCAACGGCCAAUCCGACGAGGGCGCCUGGAACAGGAGCACGGGCUCGCACAACGUGGUGGUGUGCGUGAUAGACUCGGGCAUAGACUACACGCACCCGGACCUGCAGGGCAACGUGUGGAUCAACUCCGGGGAGAUCCCCAACAACGGCAUCGACGAUGACAGGAACGGCUAUGUGGAUGACUACCAUGGCUUCAACUUCCUGGCCAACUCGGGGGAUCCCAUGGAUAACAACUACCAUGGUACCCACUUAUCUGGAAUGGUGGGCGCGCUGUGCAACAACAACAUCGGCGUCUGCGGCGUCAACCAGGCCGUAAAGGUCAUGGGCUGCAAGUUCCUGGACGGCUCAGGCAAUGGCUACACCUCGGACGCGGUGCGCUGCCUGGACUACGCUCUGGAGAUGGGCGCUGACAUAACCCUCAACUCCUACGGCGGCCUCUAUGCUGACUCCUAUGCGCUGCAGUCCGCCAUCGAGGCCGCCGAUCAGAAGGGCCAGCUCUUUGUCACAGCUGCCGGCAAUGACUACGGGGUGGAUAUAGAUGCUACGCCAACAUAUCCAGCGGCCUACAGGAAUCGGAACAUCAUGUCUGUGAUCGCCACGGACCAGAAUGACGGCCUGGCGAAUUACUCAAAUUUUGGCAAGAAUAACGCUGACCUUGCCGCCCCCGGCAGCAAGAUUCUCAGCACCGUCCUGAACGGCCAGUACGGGAUGCACGAAGGGACGUCACAGUCGGCCGGGUAUGUGGCAGGGGCGGCAGCGCUGCUGCUGGCAGCGCACCGGGCGGCAGGCCACAACGCGUCGGGCGCCGACAUGAAGGACCUGCUCAUGCGCGGCGUUCUGCGCUCAAAUGACCUGCAGGAAAAGUGCGGGGCAGGAGGGAUGCUGGACAUUGGGCGGUCGAUGAUGCUGGUGCCUCCCAGGCUCGAGCAGCCGACGGAUGAGGCGCUUGCCCCGGCUUCCGGCAAGAUUGAAGGGCCAUUGGUGGCAGAGGCGCCCUCUCUGGGCAGCGGGCCCAUCAGAGUGUCCAGGCCAAAGCUGGUGCUGGGCAACUACCCGCCGACGCCCGACGAUGUGGCCAUCAAGUCCCUGGUUGCAGACCCCCCGCCCUCCCCUCCUACCACCGGCCACAGCACACCUCCCUCAGUCGUGCAAUACUUCAGCGGCGGGUUUCCACUGCAGCAUUCCACGUUGGUCUUCUUGCCGCAGCUGGACGGCAGCUUCCGGACGUGCGCUGCGACGGGCGUCAACCAGCUGCCCAGCAACUUCUCGUACGGCCAGGACAUCACCCAGCAGCUGCUCAGCAGCCGCGCCGCCACCAUCGAUCUGAAGGGCUCAGAUGUGCAGCUUGGAGGCAUGACUGUGCGUCACUUAGAGGUUCGGCUGGACGGGACACUGCGCCUGCUGCCUGACGCAAGCAGCAGCCAGGACGUGUCGGCUCAGAGCCAAGACUCAUCCCCCAAUGCAGCUGAAUCUAAUGCUGUGGCUGCUUUCCGGAGCAUCCCUCAGAUUGGUGCCCUGGCGAACGCCGGGCUCUUCCUGAAGGAUGGUGGACAGGUGUCGUGGUACAUGCGCCCCGACCGAUUGGUGGUCUCCUUCAUGUACGUGGGGAGCACGCAGACGUCUCAGAAGUCAACAUUCCAGGUGGAAGUCUUCACACGGAGUGGGCACUAUGAGCCGGCUGGCACGCUGCGCAUGACAUGGCUGGAUGUGGGAGUGCAGCGCGGCGUGGUGGGCAUCUCUUUGGGAUCCACAGCAGCUCCUACUGCCAUAGAAUUCCAAAACCAGGCUACCUGCCAGGUGCCUGCCAAGCUGUGGGUGGACCAAGCAGCGACCCAGCCGGUCACGCUGCCGGCCGCGCCGGCCGGCCAGGCCGCAGCCACAGCGCAGCGCAACGUCUACCUCGCCAACAAGGGUAACACCUCACUCGUGGUCUCCCUGCGCGCAGCGCCGCGCUCUGACAGCGUGCUGCAGCCCCAGCUCUGGCUGGAUCCUUCCUCCGGGUAUGCCGGUGAUUUCAGCGGCGAGUCAGUGGCGGCCGGGUACGCUUUCUCCCAUGGGAGCGGCGAGAGCGGUGGCGGCGCGGUGACUGUAAAGGGAGGCGAGGGGAAGCCGGCGCGGUACUCGGAGGAGGUGCAGGUUCCGAUGCGCAUCCGCGCGCGGCUGCAGCGGGACCGGCCGUGCAGCAACCACUUCCUGGUGCUGUCUGCUGCUGCGACGCCUCCCACUGAGCCAGGGGAGAAUGGUGCGCUGUGGGUGGGCAUGGAUUGCGGGCAGAGGAGUGUGCGCAUCUCAGGGACCCCAGACCUGGGCAGGGGGAACUCCUGCGUGGACUUUGGCAGCGUUGGCAUGACGGUGGAGGUCGGGCCUUCAACCAUAAUGGUCAGCACGGACGGCUGCUCACCGCUGGCAGGGCGACACAGCCUGGGGCCGGGGCCCUUCCACCUGUACCUGGGCGCCAAUUGCUCCUCCGUCGCCUGCCCAGGAGGGGUGACGUGGGAGCGGCUGGAGGUGGAGUGGGGGUCGGGGGUGCGCAUUGCAGCGCCGGAGGGGCUCGCGGCGGCGUCUGACGCCCCCAGCAAGAUCCUGGUCAUGCAGGCGCCCGGCGGCGGCAGCCUCGGCUCGCUGCAGGACCUGCUCUCCCUGCCGCCCUACCCAGCAACUCCAGCCACCAGUCCCGUGCUCACACCGCCGCCGCCGAUAGUGCUGCCGGUGACGCCGCAGCGCGGCACAGGCGGCGGAGCGCAGGUGAGCGCGGCUUCCGUGGGGCAGCAGGGGCGGCGGCAGCUGCUGGAGGGCGCAGCAGCCGACCCGGCCAGUUCGGGCGGCCUCAUACAGUCAGUCCUGAAAGCCUUCCACACCACAAAGGCCAAGGCCCUGACCGCUGUACAGUCGCGGAAGGCCGCGGCAGGAGCCGGGACAGCACAGAGCCAGCCUCCUGCAGGAAAUCAGGUCUCAGAUUUGGGGCUAGGGAGCGGUACAGCCAUGUCUAGCGUGGGGGAGGGGGCAGCGGCUCCAGCGCCGGCUGCUGGGUCGCCGCAGCAGGCAGGGGAAGGGGGUGGGGUGGAAGGCAAGCGGACCCAGCUGCGCAUGGGGCUGAACCUGCCUGGGGAGGAUGACCUGGCUGCAGUGGCGUUCCUGGACGUGGGCCCCUCAGAGCAGGCAGUGUCUCCGCAGGGCGCGCCGACAGGGGAAGGCAGUCAGGCGAUAGGCGGGACGGCUGAGCCGGCAGUGAGUUGGGUGACCAUGGGCAAGCCCAUUGUGGUCGUCUCCAGCUAUGGCAGCCAGACAGCGCAACUCACCUUCAACAGUGAUGGGUUGUCAAUUGGGUCCUACCAGGCAGAGCUGCUCAUCCAGUCCAAUGACCCAGAUCAGCCGCUCCUGCGAUUGCCGCUGGACCUGAAAGUGGUGUAG